AUGGAUACCAAAGAUGGUGGCCUGGCAUGGUGUGGCGUGGCGGAUGGGUGGUGCGGUGCGGUGCGGUGUGCGGGUGACUGGUGCAAGAUUCUAAAGACCAUCACCACCGCUGACAAGCACCACCAUUGUGUGCCACCAAAGAAAAAGCUUUCCAAGAAGGAGAAGGCCCGUCUGGAGGCCGAGCAGGCGGAGCUGCUGCGCAUCGAAAUGGAAAAGGAAAAACUUAAGAAACUGGAGGAGGCGCGCCAGCGCAAAAAACUGGAAAUGGAACAGGCAAAGCAUCGCCAGCAGCAGGAGGUGGCCGAGAAUCGUCUGCGUCGGACACAGCUGAAGGACAGCAUGCUCUUCUUUGAGGCAGUGCGUACGGCGAUUGAGGCCAUCAAGGAUGGCGAGCGGCACGAGCGCGACUGGGAGAAGUUCAUGCGCUGCAAUGGGCUGCCGAAUGCAGCCAGUCCGAGCGAUCUGCGCAAGUACAUCCAUCAGUGGCACGCGGACAUUGCCCAGCGGCACAGGGAGGCGCGCAACUGGCUGCUGCGCACAGACGAGCGAACGCUACUCACACAGGAUGCCCAGGUGGCGGAUCUGACGCGCAUCUCGCUGCGCCAGCAGCAGGGACGGCUGGGCGAUGUCUAUGCCCAUCGCAUCAAGGAGGUGCUUGGGAUUCUCAGCGAGCUGGAUGAGGCGUUGCCCUUCAGGCAGCGUUCGGUGCAUGUGGCAGAGGAUCUGGCCAAGCUCAAGACGGAGAUGCGGGUGUUUCUGCGGCAGCAUCUGGACGAGUUUACCUACAAGACAAUGUCCCACAUUGAGCGGGACAUGGAAAUCGAUAGACCGGGCGUCUCAAAGCACAUCUACAGCUCGGAUGUCUUUCAGAGCUUUGUGUGGACCUUCUCCAAGGAUGCCCAAAUUGCCCUCAAUCCCAAGGCACGCAUUGGGGAGCAGUCGGGCCACAAUGAGAUCGAUUUCCCAACCAUUGAAAUGCAAAUUUCACUGCCCCCGACAGUGCAGCUGCAGAGCUCGGCGCUGCGCGGCCUGUGGCUCAAUUAUGAUCACUUCAGUGACUACUGCAGCAGCUAUCAACUGCGGCAUGCCCGCUCCGAGAAUGCCAAUAUUCUGCGGCAGACGAAGCGCGAGUGGCGCAAACGCAAGGAGAUCCUGCAGGCGAUGCUGGACGAGUGCGGCAGGGACAUUCCGCUGUCGGAGCUGGAGCAGCUCACCCAGGAACAGCACUCGGCCAGCUCACAGCCGCAGCGGGAGCGCGUCUACGAUGUGGACAAGCUGUAUGCGGAAUACGAGGAUGAGCUGAGUCGUGCCCAUCGCCGGGCCAUCGGCCCCGAGGCCUAUGGCAUGCUCGAGACGGAUGUGAAUCUGCGCCGAUACCGCAUCAUUGGCGGCGUCUACUGCAUCGAUUUCCUCGAGACGCCGCAGCAGGACAAGCAGCUCAAUGCGCGCUCCUUCAUACGAACAAUUAGUUGUGCCAACAGCUUGGUGCUCAAGGAAUACUAUCAGACCUACAAGCCGCCGCCGCCUGUGCUGCCCGGCGUGCGACGACUGCCCGAGGAAAUUGAGGCUGAGAUGCGGAUGAUCGAGUCGGCGCUGGACAAGCUGGCGCUGGUCACGCUGCAGUUGCCCGAUUCUGUGAUUUGGUUCGAGCCUCCGGUCGCUUGCCGCUGGGAGACGCACAUCGAGACACUCGAAAUGGAGCUGGCGGAUGGCAUGAAACCGGUGCCGCCUGCCCCAGCGGAUGCGGCAGCUGCCACCACGGCGACGCCCACAGAGGCGACGCCCCUCUCGACCAACGCCCAGCCGAGUCCGCUGAAGAGUUCGCCCCGUUGUCCGGCCGCCCGCCUGCGGCCCCACAAGUCCACGUCGCACCCACAGCAGACGCUGCGCGAGAUCACGGACUUUGACCUGAGGGCCAUACCCAGCGACGUGGACCUGUACGGGCUGGUCAAGGAGUUUGUGGUGCCGCGGCUGCCGCAGGGCUUCUGCGUGCGUCUCGAGGCGACCACCCCGGCGGAGUCGGCCACGGGCAUGGGCUCGGGUCUGCGCCGCCGCAGGGUGAUGUUCCUCGCCCGCCAGACGCACGUGCGACUGGGUCAGGGUCUGGGUCAUGGCACAGCAGGCGGAGUCGAGGCUGAGCCCACCGAUCAUCUGCAGCUGGGCUUGGGCCUGGACUUGGGCCUGGGCAUUGGAGCCGAUUUCCUGGACACUGCGGAGCCGGCGGAGAUGUUUCCGCCGCUGUGCUUUGACAAACUGCUGAAGUUCCGCCAGGCAGCCCCUGUGCUGCCGCAGGGCUACCUUUUCUCGCAGCUCAUCGAGGACAUGGACCGCCUGUGGCGUCUGCAGCUGCCGCGCGAGCAGCAGGCGGAGCUCAUCCAGCAGAUCUCGGAGCAACUCUCGCCCACUGGCUGUGCGGGCAGCGAGGCGGGGCAGCUGCAGCAGCAGCAGCAGCAGGAGCUGGAGGUGGAUCCCAUCCAGCCACUCAGCCAGGAGCUGGUGGACGUCCUGCAGCCAGCAGCGGCGGCCGCCGCCUUUGCCUACUACACGGGCAUCUCAUUUGUGCGCGACUCGCAGCUGCCGCACGACUCGGAAAUGGAGCAAUCGGCGGCGGCCACCAAGCAGCCAUCAGAUGGCCUGGACAGCAGCGAGGACGACGAAGAGGAUGUGGACAGUCUGCUGGAGCUGCUCGAGGGCGCCUCCACAGCGGGCAACACACUGCACGAGCUGCUGGCCCCUGGCCCCGGCCAGAGUCACAGCGAGAACAGCGACAGCGAGAUGCGCAGGCAGAAGCUUAGCAGCACUGCGGCCAUCACUCAGGGCAAGUGGAGCACUCGCGAUGUCCACGACACAAAGUUCAAUGAGGACAAGCUCUCGAUUCAGUUCCGCACAGGCAGAUUGGGGAUCUUUGGCUUCGCCCUGAACAAAUACAGCAACAUGCCCUACCAGACCUGGGACCUGCGACCGGACAUGAAAAAUCCUGGCACCAUCCUCUUCAGCUUCACGGCAUCGCUGAUCAGCCUGGACAUGACCAUCACCGUUGCGGGCUACACGGUGAACAAUUUUCAGGGCGGCAGCACCCAGGGCCUCACCGAAAUGAUCGGCAAAACGCUGUCACUGGCCGAGCUGAAGGCCACACUGAUCCUCUCGGCGGUGGACAUUUUCCCCGACGAGGAUGCCUUCUGCUAUACGGAGGGCUCCUGCGAGAAGAACUAUGUGAUGGAGAUGCACUGCUAUGCCUGCCUCUCGACCCUCGCCCAAUCGCACAACUUCAGCUGGUCGCGCUGGAACCUGCUGGCCGGCUCCCGCACCGCCGUUCUGCUCGUCCGCGAGCUCAUCGAGGGCAAAAAGGUGCCGUACUACUCGACGUUGCUGGUGACGCCGCUCAAGACAUCGAUCAUUGACUGCACCGAAGUAUCGGCCAGCUUCAAUGCGGUGGGCAUUGCCGGCAUGGAGUACUAUGCGGAUCUCUAUCAGCUCAGCCAGGCCCACGCCCAGCCGGUGAGUCUCGAGAAGCAGCGCACGAUGAGUCCGGUGCUCAGGGACAAUGUGGCAAGGAUUCUGAUGGCCAUACGGCCAUUGAGUCUCUGUUGA